AUGUCCGACAACGUACCCCAUGAGCAACAGCCAGGCAAUAUACAAUCAUUCCCACAGUCGCAAUCUGUGCCGCAAUACCAAACCCAACCAUCAGAGCCGACAAUCGAACAAUUGGAGCAAGAAAAGAGACGAUUACAAGAUGAAAUGUCUGAUCUUGAUGCACAAGGGGACCCAAACACAUAUACCAACCCAGACAUCACAAACACAGUGGACUCAUCACACGAAUCUUCAAGCGCUCCAUCACUGGCCAAUCAAUUAGAUGCCGAACGAAGAGACUCCGACGCGAGGUCCGUGUACAUUGGUAACGUCGAUUACCCAACCACACCCUUGGAACUACAACAACACUUUUCUCCAGUUGGUGUCGUCAAUAGAGUGACAAUAAUGACAAAUAAAGUCACGGGACAACCUAAAGGUUUUGCGUAUUUGGAAUUUAGCACUGUGGACGAGAUGAACAGGGCUGUGGAAAAGUUGGAUGGAUCGACAUUCAGAGACAGACAGUUGAAGGUGUUACCCAAGAGGACAAACAUACCUGGUGUGAAUGCGGCCAGAGGGGGGUUUAGAGCUCGUGGAAGGGGUGGAUUUAGAGGAAGAGGUGGAAGAGGAGGUAGAGCUGGGUUCAGAGGUAGGGGACGUGGUGCUGCAAGAUUCAACCCGUAUUAA